AUGAUGCAAAACGCUUUCGCCAUUUGUGCGCUUAAUUUGACGAUGACCGACACCGACAAGCUCGCUGUGUUCCACAUUAUGGAAGCAAAAGUGGCAGAGCUGAUUCACAAGAGUAACGAAGCAACGUGGCCAAUCGCAGAGAAUUUGGCAGGCGUUCAAGCUUUGAUACUGGUACAUAUCAUCCAGCUCUUUGACGGGGACAUACGGCAAAGGGCUCUUGCUGAGCAGAAUGAGGUCAUUCUUGUGGACUGA